AUGAACAGACACUACAGUGGAUAUCCGCCAUGGAUAAAAUCCGCAAAAGUUCGUUCAACCUCGGCCCCGACGGCGUCGAAUCCUGGCUCGAAGACGUCAAACGCGCCGCAGACCAGCACCUUUCACCACUCGUACAAAGCCAAGAACGGAGACCUCCAAUCUGGUGAAGGCGUCCCACGCAACCGCAUGACCGCACACAAACGCAACAAACUCGAAUUCGUGGAAAUCACUUAUUUUCAGCUCGACGGCCCUCCCUUCACCAUUCGCACCACCACCAUGCAGAGCGGUUAUUAUUGGCAUAUGUGGAUCAGAAGCUUUUGGGAAAGGCUCUCCGAAAUCCUCGAUGCACCCUACGAUGAGAAGAACAACCACUACCGUCGCCAUCUAGUCGCCCUAAAUGAAGAAGUGCAAGAGCGUGGCCACGGAUUCUUCCCUGAGAGCGUCCGCGCCGUCAUUCAUGAACUCCAGGACCGCUUCGACCAACCCCGCACUCAUUUUGACCCUGUUGUAAAUGCAACACCUUAA